AUGAUUGGGCACAUCGCCUUCUCUAACGGGCUAAUCAAAAAAAAAUACUGCACGGGUCAGUGUGAUUGGGUGCAGGAGACACGCCUGUUUCGUUUUACAACACGGGUGUGGUUGCUUAUAGCGUGGUAUUCAAUCGUGCAGACAUUGUUGGACCGCACUUUCCAUGUCAUCGUUGCCGGCCGUGCAUCUGCGUUAACAUUUUGCAGAUUUACUCUUUCAAGUAAAGUAAAGGAUGCAGGACAUGGCAGUUGGCCAUUCAAAAGAAUUUUUACCACGGUAUUGCCGGGAAGGUCGUGGUAUAAUCGUUGUGAAACGUACGGUUAA